AUGGUUUCUCAACUCUGCUCGGGCUGCCUUUCGGGGUUUCGCCAGGCGCCCCGAGCUCUGCUGUUGCAGCGCGUGCCCUUUACGACGCCAUUAUCAUCAUUAUCAUCGUCGUUCCACACCUCGGCCACGAGAUUCGCCAAUCCAUUGCAGAGGAAAUCGCGAAUGGACAGCGGUCCCAAAUUCCGUGAAUCCAAAUCCCUCAAGAUGAAAAAGGGCAAAAAACAGGUUGAUCGGGGUCGUCCGCCUCCCGUCGGAGAACGCAAGGCGCUGCGGAAACGUAUUGUGUUGAGCAACACCAAUGCGUUGGAAGUUGCAGGCAUGCAGGAAUUUUCAGAGGAUAUCAGUGUUGAUUCUCGCCUAAGGGGUGCUGUUGUUGGACUGCCCGUGUCCGUUGUAGCCCAGUUGAGGGCUGUGCACGCAUUCAAGCCUACGCAGAAUUGGUUCUUGUUUCGUCGGCCGGCCGUUGUUAUAAGACGGGAAACACUGGAGAUGGGCAAGCUUUUCGAGAGUAUUACGCAGGGCGAAGAUAAGGGAAAGUUGGUGAAGAAGCUCAUCAUUGGCCCUAAAGGGUGUGGGAAAAGUGUUCAUUUAUUGCAAGCAAUGGCCACGGCAUUCUUGAAGAAAUGGGUUGUCAUUGCUGUCCCUGAGGCCCAGGACUUUGUGAUUGCAAACUCUUCAUACGCGCCUCUUGCCGGUUCGAACCCGACGCAAUAUGUCCAGGAUCAGUUGACGUCUGCACUGCUGCUGCGCACUGUUGUUGCCAACGAACAAAUCCUGGCCAACCUUCACGUCUCCAUGGAGCACCCCGAGCUGAAGCACCUCCUCCGGCCGAAAAUGACAUUAAACGACCUCGCUCGCCUGGGCGUGCAAGAUACGGCGCUCUCGUGGCCGGUUUUCCAGGCAUUCUGGGCCGAGCUAAACGCAACCACAGGACCCGAAGGAUUCCAGGCUCGCCCGCCCGUUUUGGUCAGUGUUGAUGGCAUUGGCCACUGGAUGCAGGAAUCCAAGUACCGCAACCGCGACUUUGACCUGAUCCACGCACACGACCUUGCUCUGCCAAAGCAUUUGAUAUCGUUGCUGCAGCCUAGCAGCAGCAACCAAAAAGUGCUCCCCAACGGUGGCCUCGUGCUAUAUGCCACCUCUGCAUCCAACAAGCCAUCCCUCCCAUCCUUUGAAAUGGCACUACUACAGCUCACCGCUCGCCAAAACGGUCAGUCCGAAUCAUCGCCUGAAUACCCUCGCCCGGAUCCCUACGACGUCGUCGACCAGCGCAUUUUGGAUCUUUUCAGAAACACAACCAGCCAGCACCAACAACAAAGCGCGCUUGAACUACAGACACUAGGCGGACUGAGUCGCGACGAAGCCCGUGGUUAUAUGGAGUACUUUGCGCGCAGCGGCAUCUUGCAAGAAAAGGUGUCUGAAGACUGGGUUGGGGAGAAGUGGAGUCUGGCUGGAGGAGGUAUUGUCGGGGAGAUGGAAAAAUUGGGGAGUAGAUUGAGGACUGCCUUGUAG